AUGAAAGCCGACCCGGAAGUGAAGAUGAUUUCCGCCGAAGCGCCCAUCCUGUUCGCCAAAGGCUGCGACGUAUUCAUAACUGAAUUGACCAUGCGCGCCUGGAUACAUGCCGAAGACAACAAACGACGUACCUUGCAGCGAUCAGACAUUGCAGCUGCUCUGGCCAAGUCAGACAUGUUUGAUUUCCUGAUCGAUAUUGUUCCCAGGGAAGAAGCUACAUCUCAUACCAAACGGUCAGCUCCCCAGGCCCCCGGUGCCCCUCAGGCGCCAGGACAUGGCCAGCUACCACCCCAGCCACCAGGUGUACCUCAGCAGCACCCCAUGGGCCCUCCAGAGUACGGCGCCAUGGGACAGCAUCCCCUCGGCCAGGAACAGGACUACAGACAGCAGCCUCCCAUGUACGGUGGGGCAGUACAGUCAGACCCUGCCUACGGCCAUCCCCAACCCCAGAUGUUUGGCGAGAUGUAUGGAUAUUCUCAAUUACCCCCUCAGCAGGUGAGUGUACUCCCCCGCGUGCUAUACAGUUUUGUUUCCAAGGCUUCCCUCCCUCAUGCAUCGGUGCCUAACCUUCCACUUUACAGUGAUCAAAGUUGA